AUGUCUCUAUUCACAGCCCAGGUCUAUCCAGGACAGGCCUUGGGCUUCAUGGUACUGGGAGCAACACUGCACGACAUCCUAACACGACUGAAGGCCGAGCCUCAACGAUUUCCGCACUUGGAUCUGGUGUACAACCAAGCUUACCCCGUCAGGGACCCAGUCAUUCUCAACCUGCCGACAAACGGCGUGCGAUUACGGUUCGAUGGUCCAGCGCAGCGGUUGCGGUUGAUAGAGGUGCUGGACUUCACCAAAUGUCAGCUCGCAUACAAGGAUCAAAAUGUGCUGCGGGCGGGCUCCAACGCACCAACGGUAGCUUCGCAGGCAGAGGACUUGCCAGGACCUACGUUCCGGCACAUCUACAAUCGGCUGCUGGGCCCAACCUUCCCAGGCGAAUAUAUUAGUCCUGAGGCGGGGGACGAGACGGGCUUGGGACUCUACGUGCUGUCAUAUCCUGGGGUGGCAUUCUCGUUUCCUUUGGAAAACUCGGCUUGGUCUCCGAAGAAGGAUUUUGUGUCCCUACUGUCCUCUUCUUCCAGUCAUCCGGCUGCCUCGAUGGCUAUAUUUCGUGGGGACUCGUGGCCGGAUGCUCGAGAAAGGCUAUAUGUUCAGACCAUAGACCCCCGAGAUACCUUCACGGCUCUUGUGAAAGGUCGCGAGCCUGUGCCGGAUGAAGUUCGGCUGGUGAGGAUCUAUGGAGAAGGGCAGCUGGAGUUGGUUCGGUCAGAUAGUGUUGCACCGGUUUGGAUCAAGCUUGGUUUGACGUCUCCUCAAGAACUGGUCGCUAUACUAGGUCCUCCAGAUGCUAUAUACCGAAAAAACGAUCAACGGAUGUCUAUUCACAAAGCUCGGCCUGAAUCCCGUAGCCAUGGCAGGUCGGAGUCAGCAGAUAUGAGACUACAUGAUGAUUCUACAGAUACCGAUCAAUCUUCGGCGCAUACGGCGACGGAUGACUCGGAAGAAGACGAUGAUGAUGGAGAAGUGGCAGGAAAUCUGUCGGGAGAAUGUUUCUACAAUUACUUCUAUCACGGCUUCGAUGUUCUGCUCUCCACUCCGACGGCGCCAUCCCAGUGCCCGCCGAGUAGAGAAUCCCGUGCACCAGAGCCGGAAGAUAUCACACCGUCUGAUGCCUCAAGCCGCCUCGUUGCAUCAAAGGUGAUUCUCCACGGGAAUGUACCUGGCUCGUACCCAUUCAACAGACACCGCAGAUGUCGGUGGGAGAUUCAGUACCUGAUCCCGAAGAAAGGUCAGGAUAUCAUAGACUCUGAGAGUUCAUUCAAGGAAGUGGAACAGAGACUGCAUCAGGAGUGGAAGAGUAUCUAUCAGAGUAGCGAGGAAGCGAAAUCACGUCAGCGUGGGAUGGUGUUGAACCGUGACUGGGGAGAUAGUCCUGGCAGUAGUUGUGAAUUGCUAGGUGGGUGGGAGGAUAGUGGUGGAAAGAGAACUGAUUCUGCUGGCACAGAAACCACGCGUGGUCUGGGCAACACUACACUCUUUGGAUUUCCAGGCCUGGUAUUUGAGGUGUUGAAGAAUGGAACGGUGAGCGGGCUUACGGUUUUUUGA